AUGCCCUCGUUCGAUCACAUUGACGCUCCGAAGAAGGGCAAGCCGAUCAAGUCAGCCUUCGAUAGCGAGAGCUUCGAUUCCGAUGGCACCAUACACGUCGAGGGGCUUGUAGGCUCUGCGACCAUCUCCCCCUCUGGCCGAGAUGUCGCGCUGGCCUCACCCGAAGGCUUGGCCAUCAUUGAUCUGGAUUCACCCUACAAUCCCCCUCGUCGCCUCAGCAGUCAUGGGUUGCCGUGGCUGGUCACUGACGUCCAGUGGUCACCGUUUGCGGCUCGCGACUACUGGGUUGUCUCCACGGCGAAUCAUCGUGCAUUGGUGUGGAAUCUGAACCUCAGGGACGACUCGAGCUCCGGUGCGAUCGAGCACUCGCUCCAGGGCCACAGCCGCGCCAUCACCGAUAUCAACUUCUCUGCGUAUCAUCCGGAUCUGCUGGCCACAUGCGCCGUCGACGGCUAUGUACACUGCUGGGAUCUACGUCGCCCGAGACAGCCAGUCUUGACCUUCUGUGACUGGUUUGCCGGCGCCACCCAGGUCAAGUACAACCGACAGAACCCGCACAUCCUUGCCUCAUCCCACGACCGCUGGCUGCACAUCUGGGACGAGCGCAAAUCCUACGUGCCUUUAAAGUCGAUCAGCGCCCACACCUCUAAAAUCUACGGCCUCGACUGGAACCGUACGAGAUCAACCAGUCUCGUGACCUGCUCACUAGAUAAGAGCAUCAAAUUCUGGGACUACGCGAAUGACGAUGACAACCCCGAACGGGUGAUUCGAACCGAGUUUCCCGUGUGGAGGGCUCGUCAUGUGCCCUUUGGCGAGGGCGUGCUCGCCAUGCCGCAGAACGAUCCAGGCGACCUUUAUCUGUACAAAGCGCACCAGAACCCCAGUGCGCCAACGGACGCAGCCACGGAACCGGUCACUGUCUUCCCUGGACACGGGAGUCACAAGGCGAAAGAAUUUUUGUGGCGUACCAGAGGAGGAAUCAGCGAGCAAGGAAUCGACAACAGGGACUUUCAGCUUGUCUCGUGGGGAGAGGACAAUGAGUUGCGACUGCAACGGAUGGAUGCGACAACUCUCGAGUCGGUUGGCUACAGGAAGGGAAUGCCCGCCAAGAAGAACCUGACGCUGACACGCAAGGGCGCCACGUACAAGACUUUCCGGACAGUAGAGGACAUCGUGAACCGCGACCGCCGAAGUGCUACGAUGAGUGAUCCCCGCCCUGGAAGUGGUGGGACACAGUAUCGGCAAAGCGCCUUGACAAUAAGCAUGCGGACAUCAUCCUCGGUACACAGCAAACUAGGAUGGAAAGGCCCGUCGAUGAAGGCCAAGAGCACACAUCGAAAGAUGGAUCGAAGCCAGGCCCACAUCGGCUGGAUGAAGGGAAUCACCAUGACGAAGAAGAAACAUUCAUCCAACACGCCACGCGGUCCUGACGCGAGACCUCUGAACGUCUUCAGCCCUGGAUAUCCCGACGAUGAUAAAUGGGGCGAGCCGGAGACGAUACAAGAUGAGUUUCUUCGCGUCAGCACCCAGCUACCAAAGGUCAAAUGGGACCACAUUGACUGGGACGCCCUCACCCUCAAUGCAUCCCUCAAUGGGCCCUGGGGAAGAGAUGGGGAGACCAUCUUCCUCAAGGUCAAGGUUGACAUACCGACCAACUACCCGAAGACGAGAGCGCCCAAGUUCUUUGUGGAGAAGACAAGCUUCAUGCCUGCCGAGACGCACAGGAGAAUCGAACACGAAGUCCACCAGCUGGCACACCAGUUUCUGGACCGCAAGCAAAACUGUCUCGACGUGGCUUUCAGCUACCUCCUUGGAGAGGUUGAUCUAGAGACCAGCACGACGUUCUUCAAGAACGUCAAGGACCUCGACGACCCCAUGGACGGGCUCGCCGACGACAGCUCAAGUGAGGACAGCGAUAACGACAUACCGGCGGGCGGCUCGGCGUCCAUGUCCCAGGACCUGACCGCCAGUACAGAGAUCGACAAUACCCUGGCACCAAACAACCGACCAGUGAUCCCGCCUCUGCCCAGAUUCUGUGGUGCCCGUUUCGCGAGCGAUGGAAGGCUGGUGUGCUUCUUCCCUACAAAAGAAGAAAAGGCAAAAGCCUUGAUGUUCAUACCACCCGAGUCAAUGAAGGAGCGUCCGAAAGGCGAGCCUGUCUUUGCCUCAUUCGGUCGCCUGGGGCACGACUCGCCACCCCGGCGUUAUGGCAACGACGAGGCCUCUGCGACGGAGGAGCAGUCCGAUUCGGACGAGUCUGAAAGCUCGUCUUCUUCGAGCGGCUCAGAGUCAACGUCCAUGCACAAAAUGAACCUGUGGUACCAACCGCGACAGCGGUUCAGGAGGACUUGGAGCGAGAAUCGUUCGGUGCGCUCCAGCGCGGAGGUACCGGCGUGGGCACCGGAACCGGUACUGGAAAUCCUGCCCGCUAAGAGAACUCUCGCACGAGAGUAUGCAAUCUUUGGCGACGGAGCCGAAGUGUGCGAGCAGAAUGCCAAGGUGGCCGAGAAGUACGGCCACGUCGAUCUCAUGAGUGUAUGGCGCUACCUUGGUCUCUUGCUGCGGAGAGAUAUUCCGCUCGAGCCUCUCGACCACGAUCAGCGCGACGAUUCCAUCCUCGUCAUUGCGCGAAACACAGUCGCACGACAUCGCGGUGACGCUUCACCAGGCGGCACGGGUCAACCUACCACGAACCUCAGCGGCCGGGUUAAAUGGGGUAAUCACCCCUUGGCGAAAGACUUCAUCAACAAGCUCCUCGACUUUUACGAAAGGACGGCCGAUAUCCAAAUGCUGGCCAUGCUGUCGUGCAUAUUCAGCGAGUCGUCCGCUGAAGACCCGGUGGCGUACGCUGAAUCUCGCCUGACGCAACCUGAGACUCCACUGCCCAUGAAGGCACCAUCCUUUUCAUUGGACUACUUCCCGACAGAUGCCUCGCUAUGGGCAUUGAACGGGCGAAGCCACAGCAACUCGGCGAUCACCACGCCAAGGACCAUCCACACACCUAUUCAUUACUCGGGCUCUCAGGGUUCGGAGGACAUCCUCUGGGCCGGCGAUCCAGGCUCGAAUUCGUACUCUUGUGGGGAGACUCCGCCAACCAAGGGUCGAGAGCAACACCUCGACCCGGAUCAGCCGCGAAGCCAAAACCAGAGCCAGGCGCCGAGCCUCUCGACUUCCCCCAGCGGUCGCAUGGUGUCCAGGGUGAACUCUGGUCUGACUUCCAGCUUCGCCAUCAACUUUCCCCGCACAUUCGCGGUUGGCAUGACGGUGGCCUCUUCACCGCCACACCAGAACAAAAAGCGACCGAGUCCUGCCGAGACGAUAUUAAGCACGCUCGCGCCCAAUAACGCGAUUGCCAAUGUCACAUGGGGCGGCUCGACCGUUCUGGGAGAUACGGGCACUGCGCGAACGUCGGUAUCGGACGACGAGGGCUUCAGGGAAGAGUCGACAUCGCUAGUGCCGAUAGGGGUGACGGUCCACAUGGAAGACCAGACAAUUUUCGACGACGAUGGAUGGAUGUCGACGCCGCUACUGACACCAGGUCGCAGCGACAUGUACGCCGUGUAUCGAUAUGCCUACGCUGAGAUCCUCCAAAUGUGGAACCAACCGCUCGCGAGGCUCGAGAUUAUGAAGUUCAACACGCUCAAGGAGGACUUUGACUCCAGAGCAGAUCGCACCAGCCUACACGAUUCCUUCAGCGUCCAUGAUAACACGACGCUUACUUCGCACCACGGCGUGCCUAAUCACCAGCUGCAUGGGCCUUCCCCCAUUCUUCUUGGGCGCAAGGAUCAGCUUCAAUCUCUGAUUGCGUCAGAUCGCGGCCUCGACGUCACAGGCAUCUGUCGGAUCCACGAGAUGCAACUCGAGUCGCUCAAGUAUACGACGGCGUUUGCGACACGGCUGGGUGGGGCGGUCGGCGUGUGCGACAGAUGUCACCGCACGCAGGCGCAGCUUCUUUGUGUUUUCUGCCACGAGCCGGUCGACGCGCUGUUCCUGCUGUGCCUCGGGUGUGGAUGCGCGAGCCACGAGUCGUGCCUCGCCGAGUGGCACGCGCAGGGCGAGCAGCUGUGCCCGGCGGGCGACGAGUGCAACUGUGUCGAGGAGGCGGCGAACGGCCAGGUCGAGUCGUGGGCAGCCAUCAUGGCGGCGGUGCGCAAGGGAGGUCACCAGCGGGCGCCGUCUUUGGAGGCCACAUCGGCAUCGUCGAUGUUGCCGGCGUCCGCGCUCGAGGUGACGAGGGGGCCAGGCCACCACCUCCAUCACUCGGACAGCGAGAAGGGAUGGGAGAGCGUCGUGUCGAGCGAGGGCAUUCCGAGUCGAAUGCAGGGGUUCGGUAACAGCAGUAACGCGGUCAUGAGCGCAGCGCGAGCAAGCUUGGGAAACCGACUCAGAAAGGCGGGGGACUGGUCAAGGGCGUCGAGCAUCAGACGGAGAGAUGACGGGUCCUCGGGGAGUUGGCGGAACGUGGCUCGAGAUGUAUAG